GCUGGAGGGAUUGCGUGCCCUAGAGGGCCUAGUAGUCACCGCGUAAGCGGUUAUACUGUGUCGAUUCUCCUUUGCCGAAAGAAAGGACUUUAGCUGAUAUCCAAAAUGGGAAAGGAGAAGACCCACAUCAACAUCGUUGUCAUCGGCCACGUCGAUUCUGGCAAGUCCACCACCACCGGCCAUCUCAUCUACAAAUGCGGUGGGAUCGACAAGAGGACCAUCGAGAAGUUCGAGAAGGAAGCCGCUGAGAUGGGCAAAGGUUCCUUCAAAUAUGCCUGGGUCUUGGACAAGCUGAAAGCUGAGCGUGAGCGUGGUAUCACUAUUGACAUCUCCCUCUGGAAGUUUGAGACAAGCAAAUACUACGUCACCAUCAUUGAUGCUCCUGGACACAGAGACUUCAUUAAGAACAUGAUUACUGGAACUUCUCAGGCUGACUGUGCUGUCCUGAUUGUGGCUGCUGGUGUUGGUGAGUUCGAGGCAGGCAUUUCCAAGAACGGGCAGACCCGAGAGCAUGCCCUUCUGGCCUACACCCUGGGUGUCAAACAGCUGAUCGUUGGUGUCAACAAGAUGGAUUCCACUGAGCCCCCUUACAGCCAGAAGAGAUAUGAAGAGAUUGUCAAAGAAGUCAGCACCUACAUCAAGAAGAUUGGCUACAACCCAGACACUGUAGCUUUUGUGCCAAUUUCUGGUUGGAACGGAGACAACAUGCUGGAGCCUAGCUCUAACAUGCCCUGGUUCAAGGGAUGGAAGGUUACCCGAAAAGAUGGCAGUGCCAGUGGAACCACCCUCCUUGAAGCUCUGGACUGCAUCCUGCCACCCACUCGUCCCACUGACAAACCUCUGCGUCUGCCUCUCCAGGAUGUCUACAAAAUUGGUGGCAUCGGCACAGUGCCGGUGGGCCGUGUGGAAACUGGCGUCCUGAAGCCUGGCAUGGUGGUGACCUUCGCCCCUGUCAACGUCACCACUGAAGUCAAGUCUGUGGAGAUGCACCAUGAGGCCCUGGCUGAGGCCCUGCCUGGGGACAACGUUGGCUUCAACGUGAAGAACGUGUCCGUAAAGGACGUCCGCCGCGGCAACGUGGCUGGGGACAGCAAGAACGACCCUCCCAUGGAAGCUGCUGGCUUCACUGCGCAGGUCAUCAUCCUGAACCACCCUGGGCAGAUCAGCGCUGGCUAUGCCCCAGUGCUGGACUGCCACACUGCUCACAUUGCUUGCAAGUUCGCUGAGCUGAAGGAGAAGAUCGAUCGUCGUUCUGGCAAGAAGCUGGAGGAUGGGCCCAAGUUCCUCAAGUCUGGAGAUGCUGCCAUCGUGGAUAUGAUCCCUGGCAAGCCCAUGUGUGUUGAGAGCUUCUCCGAUUAUCCUCCUCUUGGUCGCUUUGCUGUGCGUGACAUGAGGCAGACGGUCGCUGUUGGUGUCAUCAAGGCAGUUGACAAGAAGGCUGGCGGAGCUGGCAAGGUCACAAAGUCUGCCCAGAAGGCCCAGAAGGCCAAAUGAAAAUUCUGUCCAUCAGCUGCCACCUCAGUCUUAAUCAGUGGUGGAAGAAGGGUCUCAGAACUGGUUGUCUCAAUUGGCCAUUUAAGUUUAAUAGUCAAAGACUGGUUAAUGAUUACAAUGCAUCGUAAAAGCUUCAGAAGGAAAGGAAUGUUUGUGGACCAUUUGUUUCGUGGCAGUUUAAGUUAUUAGUCUUUAAAAAGCAAAAAGGCAAAACAAAAAAAGUUGAUUAAUUUUUUUAAAAUGGAAACUUCACCAAAAAAAAGUAAUUUCACAAAAACUACAACAAAAUCUGUCACAGAAUUUGAGACCAUUAAAGCAAAAAGUUCAAUGCUACGUCUCUGUGUUCU